GGCAGUAAUGCGAGCUGCAGGACUGAAAGCUUUACCGGGUGUGGAAGUAAGACAUUGUAUGAGAUUAGAGAGCUAAUAAUGUCCGCCGAACGACUGGCCAAGAUUCCCGAAGCUGAUAUCGACCCGAACGGCGUGUUUAAAUACGUGCUCAUACGAGUUCACAGCAAAACCGACGACUCCUACGUGGACAUCGUGCGCGGCUACGCGUGGGCCGAGUAUCACGCUGAUAUAUAUGACAAGGUUUCUGGUGAGCUGGAGAGAGCAGGCGGUGUGGACUGUGAGUGUAUCGGAGGUGGAAGGAUCAGACAUGACAGCGCUGAGAAAAAGAUCCACGUCUAUGGCUAUUCCAUGGGUUUUGGACAAGCCAAUCACGCAGUCUCUACAGAAAAACUGACGACACGAUACCCAGACUACGAGAUCACAUGGGCAAAUGAAGGCUACUGAUUCAAAGGCCAAGGAGUUACCAUAGUGGCCUGGCCAUGAACAAUCCUCAGAUUGGAGAUGUAUAUAAAACAAAAGCUUGUCCUGCUCUCCGCUUGAGCAAGAUGGGAAAUCGGACAUCAGCGUGGGAUGCCACAGAAGCUGAAAUAAAGGGAUUUCUUAUUAACAGCAGAUGAUAAAUGUUUACACAUUCUGUACAUUAUUAACAUUCUGUACAUUAUUAACACUCUAUUUAUAUGUUAACCACUCAAGAACUGCCCAGUUUGUGAUUUAUAGAUUACUGAAUUUGUGAAAUUACACAACGUUAAAGGACUUCAAUAAAAUGAACUGCAAAUUAAAUGUUUCACAUCAGAAUCAGAACCAGGUUUAUUGGCCAAGUCUGUUGACACACACGAGGAAUUUGGUUCUGGCUGUUUGUGACUCUCAAAAGUACAGACAUAAAAAACACUAUACUGUACUUAUAGCUUGGACUAUACAAGACAAUACAGACAGUAUGAGACGUACGCGAGAGUAAGCUGAGACGAACAUGAUUUACUUUGUGUUUCUGUAAAACUUGGAAAUACCUGAAAGGGAAAAUGGAGAAAAUGUCUUGGAAAUAUAAGUCUAUCUCUGCUGAUAAAAGUGUCUGUCUAGCUAUCUAAUAAAGGACUAUGAUGCCUCUGUUUUGCAA